AUGGUGAGGAGAUGCAAACUUAUGCAGAAGCCUGAAAUUCGAUUUGUAUCGCGAGAGCUCCCUUCAUCCAAUGGACGAGAAGCCAAUGAGAAUGCUCAAAUGGCUACCGAAGAGAAAUUUGCUAAUAUUGUUGUAGAGUUUCCAGACCUAGGGGAAUUUGGGUCGCCUGAGGAGAAAGUUGAUGAACUUGGGGUUGUUCGAUCUGCAUUGAAAUCUUGGGCUAAUAAAUAUGAAGAAUCGAUUCAGAGGGAUGGAAAGCUGAUUGCGCAAUUGGAUGUUGAUGAAAUUGAAGUAGAGGCUUCGUUCUGGAAGUCUGCUAUGAUCUGUGUGGUUGUAGGUGUGAAUCCUCCAUUUGCUGUGUUUGAAGGUUUCAUCAAGAGAAUUUGGGGAAAUAUGGGGAUAGAAAUGGUGGCUCGUAUGAAUGCUAGGUACACGAUGGUGAAAUUCAAGGAUGAGGCUACUCGAGAUAUGGUGCUGGAAACUGGUGUUGUGCAUUUUGAUAAGAAACCAGUCAUUCUCCAACCGUGGACGACUGAGCUUGAUUCCUUAAGGUUAGUGAAAUUUGUUCCAGUUUGGAUUCGUUUACUUGAUUUAGGACUUCAAUAUUGGGGUGUUAAAUGCUUGAGUGCUCUUGUUAGUACUGUUGGCAAACCUAUUAUGGUUGAUAAGGUUACUAAAGAUAGAUCAAUGAUAAAGUUUGCCCGAGUUCUUGUGGACAUGGAAAUAGCUGAUAAUCCUCCUAAAAUUAUUAGCUACAUUAAUGAAAGAGGCCAAUUAAUGGACCAGAUUAUAGAAUAUGAGUGGUUACCUACAAAAUUCCCUCAUUGUAAGAAAUUUGGGCAUUCAGAAGCUACUUGUAAACGAGUGAUUGGUGUAGUUUGGAGAAAGAAGGAGGUGAAAGAGCAAAGUUCUACUAAAUCAGGCAAAAUUGUGAACAAUGACAAAUGA